GNCCUAACUCCGUAUGAGUACAUUGCUUGUCGACAAGGAAUGUCUGGCUCAGAAGCAGAUUCAGAUGUAGAUGAACCUAAGAAGAGCAUGUUAGUUGUAUCUGAAUUCAUUGGGUGUUCACCUUCACUGAGUGGGGCCAUUCGAGUCAACCCGUGGAAUGUUGAAGCAACUGCUGAGGCAAUGAAUGAGGCUAUAUCUAUGGCUGAACCAGAGAAGCAGCUACGGCAUGAAAAGCAUUAUCGUUACGUUAGCACCCACGAUGUUGCUUAUUGGGCAAGAAGCUUCUUGCAAGAUAUGGAGAGGACUUGUAUGGAUCACUUUAGAAAAAGAUGCUACGGCAUUGGUUUGGGCUUUGGGUUCAGAGUUGUGGCCCUUGACCCUAACUUUAGAAAGCUUUCGAUUGAUGAUAUUGAGUCAGCUUAUAUUAAGUCUAAGAGCAGGGCCAUAUUCCUUGACUAUGACGGAACUAUGAUGCCUCAGAAUUCUCUCAUUAAGUCUCCAAGUCCUGAAGUUAUCUCAAUCCUGAAUAAAAUUUGUGGUGAUCCGAACAAUACCGUCUUUAUCGUUAGUGGAAGGGGAAGGGACAGCCUGAGCAAAUGGUUUUCUCCUUGUAGGAAGCUCGGUCUUGCAGCAGAACAUGGCUAUUUUGUGAGAUGGUCACAAGAUCAGGAAUGGCAAACAUGCAGUCAGAACUCUGAUUUUGGUUGGAUGCAUCUUGCCGAACCAGUAUUGCAAUCCUAUACAGAUUCUACAGAUGGAUCUUGCAUUGAAAAAAAGGAAAGUGCUAUAGUGUGGCAGUAUCGUGAUGCAGAUACCGGCUUUGGGUUUUCUCAGGCAAAGGAGAUGCUUGAUCAUCUAGAGAGUGUUUUAGCAAAUGAACCUGUUGCUGUCAAAAGUGGGCAGUUCAUUGUGGAAGUCAAACCUCAGGGUGUCACCAAAGGUUUAGUUGCAGAAAAAAUCUUCACAUCGUUGGCAGGGAAAGGGAAAAUGGCAGAUUUUGUGCUUUGCAUUGGUGAUGAUCGAUCUGAUGAGGAUAUGUUUGAGAUCAUCGGUGAUGCUUUAUCCAGAAAUAUUCUUUCUUAUGAUACCAAAGUAUUUGCCUGCACAGUGGGACAAAAACCAAGCAAAGCUAAAUAUUAUUUGGACGACACUUCAGAGGUUAGACUUAUGCUAGAGUCUCUCGCUGAAGCAACUCUUACUCCAGCGACUUCUGAUGAAGAAGCUGACAACUCGGAUUGAGUGUAAACUGCUAGUAGCCUUGGUUUUGUUUGGUUUCCUUCUUACUGCAUAUAUACAUAUUCCAGGUUGGGCCAGUGACUUUUGUCUCUUCAUAGUUAGCUUUAGGUUUAAGAAAAUGGAAUUACAAAUUCCGCUCAUCAUUCUUUCCUUUUGACAUUGAUCCAUUCUUUUACCCCUUGCCUGGAAUUAUCUUGUGUAUGAGAAGUGGAGUACUGAAGUUAGAAACUGCCAAAAUCCUAGAGUCCGAUGAACAUUUAGGGACCCAUUAGAAGGAAGGAAACGAGGCGCAGGUGAGAGGCAUGGUAUCAACUAUUUUACAAAAUAGGCAGCGAAUUUUGCUGAACUGAAACUUUUGACCACUCCUGAAUUAUGCUGGAACGAAUGAACGAAUAAAGAGCUGACAUUUAUUGCGGCGGAUAAGCUUAUUUUGAAGGUUGUCUUGUGACUGCUUAGCAUCAAAGAAGUAUCUUUGGGUUUAUGUAAGAUUUCAGGUUAGACAAGAAUUGUGUCGAUGGACAUGGAAUCUGUUGUGGUAAAUAAGCAUCAACAUUUGGAUUGAGGCGAUGGCAUUUUGGCGAUCUUAUUGUACAGACUGUUAGGUGAUGAAAGGGAUGUAUUAUCUCGAUUUCUUUUUUGGUUCAUUUGGAAAAUAUUGUGUGGAUACAGGUAAUGCAAUAAUAUUUUCUAUAAAUUGGUAAACCUUCUGGUGUUUUACUAAUGAUAAAACUCACCUUUGGGUGUCAACCAUUCAUUUUGU